AUGCUCAAAGGCGUCCACUGUCUUUGUGUGCUACUCGCCUUAGGGACUCAUUUGACUCAUCGUCUGAAGGAGCUUUCGCCGCACUCGAGUGUGAAAUGAAGCGCUCGCUCUUCUCGAUUGCAGAAUCAUCUGGUAUCGCUGGUGAUCCGCAGGAGUCGUUUUCCAGUAUUUUGAACGGCUGUCGAAUUAUCGUAGAAAUGGGCUGCUGCGCAGAUUCAUCUGAAGAUGUACGUUCUCGGCUUCGUCGAAUGGGUGCCGUCGUCUCACGACGUUUCACCAGAACCAUCACUCAUGUGGUGUUUUCUUUUGGAGGAAGAGCAGCAAUUUUGCGAUGUGCUUUCGCAUUACCAAAAAAACCUUUUCUUGUUGAUCCACAAUGGGUUUAUGAGUGAGUUGCCACUUGUAAAUGUUUUUAACUUUCCAGUAAACUGA